GUGUGUGAAGUUGGAGAUACUUGCGAAGGCAAUAGUCUUUAGGUCGUUAUUCCAAUGUCGAUUGAGUAGCAACUAGACGAGAUGGUACUAUAUCUCCGGAAGAGAAAAGAUGAUACUUUUCAAGAACAUAAGGAAUAAAGUAGUGAGGUGAAAGAGGUAGUUCAUUUUCGUUUGUGACACGUGAAUGGAGAAGAUGAAUAAUGAACUCGCUACUCACAUCUCUGAAUGUUGCAUUGCAAAUACAUAUAUGAACUAUCCCCAAGUGAUGCCUCGUGAUGUGGAUCUGAAAAAUCAACUAUUGGAUUAUGUGAAGAUAAAGGGAUUAGUGGAUCUAGGGGCCUUGGUUACCCCUGAGCAGCUUGCGGUGUUUGGCUCGGCUCACAAGGGCUCUAGCUCAUCCUCGAGGCCUCAUUCCGAGCAAAGAGUUGAAGCCGUGCCCUUGGGUUUUAGAAGGUGUGUUCAUGAGGACUCAUAUGCUAAGAAUGAUGUGACACUUAUUCGGUGGAGAACAAGCUCCAGUUCUCAACCCAUUCAACCAGCCGUGGUACGUUUGUCUAACGCGCCUCCUGCCUCUGCAUGUGACAUCGUUGAGGCACUGCCUAUGUCUGCCUCUGCCUCAGGCCCGAGGAUUGCAUGGUCUUAUCUGCAAGUUGAACAAAUCCCCUUAUGGUCUUAAGCAAGCAUCAUGUAAUUGGUUUGUCAAAUUUUCUCAUGCUUUACUUGCUGUUGGAUUUACUCAAUCAUUUGCAGAUUACUUUCUCUUUUUUUUUGCCCUGUGGAGCUUCCUGUAUUUAUGUCUUGGUUUAUGUUGAUGAUAUGGUGAUCACGGGUAGCAGUCCUCAACUAAUCAACCAGGUGAAAGAAU